GGAAAGUUUGUCCUGCCUCUGAUGGGCAACUCGGUAUACGAUGGCAGCAUGGUUGAAGGAAGGCGAGAGGGAGUGGGCAAGCAUGCUUCACCGUUCGGUGAAUACGAGGGAGAGUUCGACAACGGGGUCGUCAACGGGUCAGGAAGGAGAACAUACAGCGAUGGCGGAUCGUACAAGGGGGAGUGGAGGAAUGGGAUGAAAGAUGGGAAAGGAACACAAAAGUUUCACGAUGGGGACGAGUUUGAAGGGAAUUUUGUACUUGGCAAACCUCAUGGUGUGGGGAGGUACCGGCACAGAUGCGGCGAUGAGUACGAGGGACAGUUCCAAGAGGGCAGAAGAGAGGGACAUGGUGUCUACAAGUAUGCUGGGAAGAGUGGUUGUAACUUUGUUGGGAACUUCGUGAACAACAAGAUGGAUGGCCAUGGGCAGUUGACGUUCACGGAUGUUGGGGUGGAGUUUGUGUACAGCGGGGAAUUCAAGGGAGGUACUCAGCAUGGGCGGGGAACCCUUGAUGCAUCUAAUGGGGUUCGAUAUGAGGGAGAGUUUCAUCAUGGGAAGUUUCACGGAACAGGUGUUUACUUCUUUGCGGACGGCAGUUGCUAUGAAGGUGAUUUCAGGGAUGGCAAGUUCCAUGGAGAUGGAACG